AUGUACUCCUUAAAAGGACAGGCACCACUGGCCCCUGAGGCCUACGCUCCGAUUCUGUCGACGGACGUGCUCGACGCCACUUCCAGAGCGUCUGCUCGAUUGAACACACAAUGGAACCCAUUGUUUCUUAGACGUUGGGUUCUUGUUGUUUUCGCCCUCUUCUUUGCUGCAGCCAUUGCCGCUGUUCAGAUCCUAUACAGUGUCUCCCGCCAAAACAACGGCGUGGCAACCAGCGACAAUAACAAGCACUACCUAUGGACAUACGGGCCUACAGCAGUCUUCGUCUUGGUCACGGUGCUUUGGCGACAGGUUGAUUACGCCGCCAAAUCAAUACAACCGUGGGCAGAAAUGGCUCGGAAACCUCAGCCAGCUCAGAACAGCUUACUGCUCGACUACAUCACACCGUUCCAGGUCGUGGCACUCUGGAAGUCACUACGCCGGCGGCAUUUCACCGUGUCUUGUACCAUCGCGGUCUUCUUUCUCCUCAAAGUGGUAACAGUCAUAUCAACAGGCAUCUUCAGCCUGCAGUCUGUACAGCGCAACGAUGUCGCCACUACCAUGAGGUUAAACAACACGUUCGAUGGCUCAUCCUUCAAUCAAGCAGCAUCUGUCGAUUCACGCGCUGCGUAUAUAGUCUACGCCGAUCAGCAAUACAAUGUGAGCCUGCCGGUUGGCACCACCAAUUCCUUCGCCUCGCAAAGCUUCAGUCCCUCGACUCGGUUCAUCAACGGUAGCUUGACGUACACCGCUUCAGUUGAUGUCUUCAGCGCCAGUCUCGAAGACUGCCAAUCAGGCACACUCGCCUACAACAUCUCCUUCGACGAGGCUUAUAGUAAUGCCCCCGUUGCGGCCUACUACAAUACUACAGUCUCUUUGCCGGGAUGUGAGAUUACUAAUGCACACCUCGAUGCACCAGACUGGUACUACAUGCCGAAUUCUACCGCCCAUUAUUUCGGGUACCGAGGGUCACUCCAAAAUGUAUCAUGCUCCAAUCUCCCCGAAGAUGACUCUACACGAAACCGAUACAUGGUCUGGGCUACUUACUCGGAAGGCUUCUCGCAGAACAAUUUCACCAUGCUCAACUCGUCGAAUGUCAUUUGCCUCCCAUCAUACUCGAUCCAAAAGGCAAUGGUGACGCUGGAUACCCUGGGGAACGUUCAAGCAAUCAAUCUGACUGGAGAUCGUCACCUCCUCUCGGGUGUUACAGCGAAUGACGUUGCUCAAGGUGUUAUGAUCACAUCGCAACAAGCAAACUAUGUUGCGUCCUUAACAUCUUACAGCACUGCCCUGGAUACGUUUGUCGCUCUGAUGCGAGACGCCACACCGGAUUUUGAUCCAGAACAGCUUCUUGACCCAUCCUACUUGGAUCGAACCGGUAGUGCUGUGUUUGGAAGCAUUGCGGCGCAAUUGGCAAACAUAUAUCUGCUUACUCCUUCGAGUACUUCAGGCGAGGUGCAGGGUACGGUUAGCGAAAGCGUGAAUAGGCUGUUCGCCUCCAACAAUCCCAUUAGAGCGAUGCAGGGUGUAUUGGCCGCCGUCCUUCUAUUGACUCUGAUCGUUCUCUUCAUUGUCCCAAGAGGCGUGGUCCCGAGGUCUGUGGAUUCCAUCGCGGCUGUGGCAGCGAUCCUUUCUCGGAGUCCAGCUCUCGAGCGUCGACUGCGUGGUACCGGCCAUAUGAGCCUUGCUGAGCUCGAGGCCAUUCUUGAGCCAUACAAGUUCAUGACCUCAUUGCGUGAUCAAGGGGGUUCAAGGAUCUUUGAAAUCCAACUGUUAUCGAGCGACGGGUCUGGGGAGCACACCGUCCCGAACCAAGACAGUCCCGUUGGUACGGUAAGGUGGACGCGGCCAUUCGUGCUGCGCAGGUUGGCAGUCGCCUUCACAAUCUUUGCAUCCGUCGCGGUCAUCGUCACUCUCGAAGUGUUACUUUCCGAGUCGCACAAGAACCAGGGGCUUGGAACCGUACACAGCGAAGACACGGCGACAAGGUACAGCUGGCUGUAUAUUCCCGUUCUAGUCUUUCUGUUUCUGGGGACCCUCUUCAACGUCAUGGAUUUCGAGAUUGAGUUUUCCGAGUCGUAUCAUUCUCUGACGAAGGGGGACUGCGACGCGAGCUCGACCAUGUUCUGGAACCCUCUACGACAUGUCUCCCUGUAUUCAACCUGGAAUGGUCUGAAACAUAGCAAAUUUGCUCUCACAGCAGCGUCAACUUCGGCAAUCCUCGCCCCGUUUCUGACCAUCGUUGUUGCAGGAUUGUUUUCGACCAAAGCGAUAGAGUAUGGAACGCAUGUCAACACCACAGCUUUGGACUGGUUCAACACGACACCUUACACCGACCCCGCGACUAACAUCCCUGCGCUUGUCAUCGAAGGAAACAUGUCGUAUCCCCAAUGGACGUACAAUGAGCUGGCGUUCCCGCAGCUGCAGUUGGACAACCGAGAGGCGACCACCGAUAGUUUCGAGAACCCCGGAUCAAUAUAUGCCACUGUGCCCGCUCUGAGGGCUGCUGUAAGCUGCAGCGUCAUACCAGAUAGCCGUAUAUCCCAGAACGAGCUGGAGGGAGGCUAUCUCAUCAGCAAUAUCUCGACCCCAGAAGGUUGCGGAAACUCUGGCUACGAAAACACGCCCAACAUAUACUUGACCAACAAUAUCCAAGUCCCGGUCAACUCGAGUGGAUACUUUGGGCAGACAGUGACGUUGAGUUUCAAUGCCGCAUCGUGCCCGACAAUCGCAUUGUACUAUGGCCAUGUGACCGACGACAACGAAAUGGACCAUUUCGCCGCGUUUCUCUGCAGCCAGGCCGUCGAUCGCGUACAGGCGAACGUGACUCUGGACCUUCCCCGUCUUUCCAUCUCGACGGAGCCCGUCGUCGCGCCGGACUCUGCAGUCCACUUUUCCAGCUGGUACGCGCAAUCUCUUGCCCUCCAGGUACUGAACAUCUCGUCGACGUCCGACAUGUUGGACCAGGUAUUCACGGCCAUGGUGUACGGACGCGACGGGGUCCCGCCCGCCGAACUCCUGGACAACGACAAGCUCGUCGAGGCGUACACGCACUUCUACCGCCAGUACACGGCCCAGCUGGCCAACAUCUACCUCCGGGCGGAGUUUUCCACCCUGUCCGGCAACGCGACCGAGACCGUCGACGACCCCCUCUCGGCGGUCUACGUCAACCCCAACCACUACCGCCUGAUGCAGUCGAGCAUCUCCACGCAGAUCUUGGUCGGCGUGGUCUCGGCCCUCCUCGUCUGCGCGGUCAUGAUCAUCUUCACCGUCGACAUGCGGAACGUCCUGCCCAAACCCAUGGGCAGCGUGGCCUCGGUGGCCAGUCUGCUGGCGGGCAGUCGGAUCGUCGAUCCGCAGUCCGGCUUGGUCCCCGAGGGCUCCGAGUUUUGGAGCGACGGCCAGUGGGAGCGGAGCGGCAUAUGGCAGGGCGAGAUGUUCAGGAUGGGUUGGUGGGACAAGUUUCAGCAGCCGUGCGAGACCUGGCACGGCGAGUUGGACGACAAUCCCAACAAGUACAUGGCCGUGGCAACGGGCGGGAAGGACGAUUACGCCCUGUCCGCCUUCAACGGCGGUGAGGGAGCCGAGUCUCACGAUCGCCGCUCGUUUAGGAUCGACGCCCGCCCGAGGGUUGUUUCAUGA